AUAUAACAUAAUAUUAAAAAAGUGGAUGUAUAUAAUAUUAUAGGUCUUAAUUAUCGUUAGAGGAGUUCUAUCUUUAGACCUUAAGUUUGGUGCAAAAGUUGCAAAUUAAAACUAUACUUCAACUAAGCAAAUUUCAAGCUUCAGCUCAGGUGACGGAGAUUCUUGUCAUCCCUUUGUCUAGGGAGUUUUGUAUGGAAGACACAUUUGGAAGGCCACCACACGUGGUCUUUUUCUGUGUUUGUUUGGUUGCUUCUUCUGUGUAAUCGAGUUAUGAAAGGCUGUGUUAGAUAUGAAAGACAUUUUGCUGAGUCUCCUUUUUCUCCGAGGUUUGCCUCUGCCGGAAACUCCUAUUCAUCUGCUCUGUGUUAGAUAUGAAAGACAUUUUGCUGAGUCUCCUUUUUCUCUGAGGUGUGCCUCUGCCGGAAACUCCUAUUCAUCUGCACUAACAUUGUUUUUUACGCUAGGCAAGUGUGGGAGUUGGUGCUGCGAUCAGAUGACAGUUUCUACCAAUUGGAUUUUGCGCAAUGGAUCAACACAAAUGUUAGAAAGGAACAGCAUGCGUUUUUGCAUGGGAUCUUAGACUUAAGGCUUCUCUGUUCAUAUUGAUUGUACUUCAGUUUCUAUUGCUGAGUCAUGGGGAUGCAGGGCGAGACUGCUUCAACGCAAAGAGCUGGGUAUCCCUUAGUUAAUUGUGGAAUUGGAUUCGCAGACUGCAAUAUGAGCUAUAUAUGCUUUGGAGUCGAUUUUGAUCAUCAGGGUUCAGUUUUAAUGUCAGAUAUCCGUGAGCUUUGCAUUGAUUUUUCCCGGUUACCGUCCAGCACACUCUUCUUGAGAGAGACUCGACUGCUGGUUUCAUAGCGUCGAUUGGCCACAGUCUACCUGUAGGGGCAACUAUCUUCGAAAGCCCACCCGUGGGUCUGGAUGAUAUACUGUUAGAAGAUUGUAUGAGCGUUCCUUGCUUGUGCCAGAAAGGUUAAUUUAUUGAGUUUUUCUGACAUAUAACUUAAUAAUACAAACUAAAAUUGAUC